GUACAGGCUAUGCAAUUACAUACGCAACUCCUUUCCUUGAAAGGGUGUGGUCUACUUCUAUAAAACUGACAUUUGAAGGUAUAGAAGGUACAACACUUAUUUUAAAGAUGUAUUCGCCAGGAAAAUCCUGUAAUUGUUUAUAGCUUCCGUCUCCAAUUCUAAGGAAGCGUGUUUUUGCUGAUUUCUUCAUCAGAAGAUUCUGAUGCUGUUGGGGAAAGCUGGACAGGGAGACUUACCAUUAAGUUUUAUCAUCGCCUAACAGACAGCUCCGGAUCCAGUUUUACUUCUCUUUACAUGAAAUGAAAAUGAGAAGCUCCACAAUAAGCUGAAAAAGAGAGUUUGCAAUUAAAUCACUUAUAUUCUGAAUUAGGAUCAAACUUAUGUGCAAAGAACAUUAUGAACAUGAAAGAGAUUUUCAUCAUUUUGCUGAAUCUGUCUUUGGUCUUCAGUGACCAAGCCGUUACUGGUAGUGUCUCAAUGAAGAGCUUGAGCUGCGACAAUGACUACAGCUCACACAUGACGUGCAAAUGGAAAGAGCAUAAAGAGGCUCAUGACCUCCUUCGUAUAACUCUUUACCAAAAUGAUGGCAUUCAGAAUGAGAACAAGAUGCCUUGCGUACGUGAUCCAGAACGUGCCUUACCUGAGACUUCAGACCCCUACAUCUUCUGGGUUUGUCGGAAAAAUAUAGAAUAUUUUGGAAUAGGGAUAAACCAUAUUUACAGCUUCAAACAUAACAAGACUCUUGAAACACAACUAAAUGUUAAUCUUUUCCAAAAUGUUCAGCCCCUUCCGCCGCAAAACCUUGAAGUUCAAGAGAGUUCAGGAGACUUCUUCCUGACCUGGACAGCAGCUGAAGGAAGCCAAUGGCUGGGCAAUGCACUGGAGUAUGAAGUCACUUACAAGCGGGACUGGGAGUCCUGGGAGAAGGAUGCACUGCGCUUGCUCUCCAACACCACACGUUGCCACCUCAGCCACCUCAUGAUGGGGAGCCGAUAUGUUGCCCGUGUGCGAGCCAGAGUGCAGCAGGCCAAAGGCUUCUCUGGGACAUUCAGCGAGUGGAGCACGGAUGUGUCCUGGGAGACUCCUGAAGGUCAGGAACCCAUUCAGCCCAGGAACCUUCGCUGCCUCUUCAAUGGUGUAAAUCUGACGUGCAGCUGGGAAGUGAAGAAAGUGAUCACCACCUCUGUCAUCUUUGGCUUGUUCUUCAGGGCCACUCCAGCAUCCGCGGAAGAGGAGUGCUCUCCCGUGUACGAGAAGACCUUUCCCCACAUCCCCUAUGUGGUGCAGAGCUGUGCGAUCCCUGUUAGCAACAUCAGCAGUCAGAGCCGGUACCAUGUGUCUGUCCGGACCAAGACGGAGGAGAAACUGAUUGAAGCCUACAAGAACAUUAAGGUCUUACCACCUACAAAUGUGUCUGUGAAAGCGACAGAGGACCACGAGUAUGAACUAAGGUGGAAAAAACACACUUUUCAGUACAACUUCAUAAAACAGAAAUACCAAGUCCAGUACUGGAAACACAACCAGUAUAAUGAGACCUUGCAGACAUUAAAUAUCAGCAAUGAUGAACCUCCCUUCAUCUUCACCCUGCAGAUGCUGUCACCAUCUACAAAAUAUAGGGGAAAAAUGCGUGCAAUGGUGAAUAGUGCAGACUACCAGAGCAGUUGGAGUGAAUGGAGUGAGGAGUUCAGUUGGGAAACUGCGAAUGUUAUGUCACCAGUGCUUCUACCAGUGAUGCUGCCAGUUCUCAUCAUCACUUUGCUAAUCAUUGCUUCCUUCAGCUAUAAGUAUUUCCUCAGGCAGAAGAAACUGUGGGAGGAAAAGAUUCCAAACCCCAGCAAGAGUCUGCUGAUCCAGAGCUACUUGGAGAAAGUGAAUCUAGGAAACUGGGUGACAAACAGCCAGCUGGACUUCAAAUACAACCUUGCAGAGAAGAUGGAUCAGCCUAGCUUCCUUCAAGUUGUGGACAGGCAGAUGAAGACUUCGGCAGAGUCUCCUGAGGGGCAGGCUGGAAAGACAGAAGUUUCACCUACUGCACUGGACGUACAGAACCAAUACCAUGCUUUAAAUGUGACAGAGCGUGCCCCAGUUGUCUGCCUAAAUCGGACUGCCGGUCGUUCCUUUCCUGUUUCAAGGAGAAACAGUGCUGAUGCACGUACUGCUUCCCAGGCAGCAGUCACUUCCUUCGCUUUCAAUGGUCCAUACUUGUACAGCCCAGUGAUGUCCUCCCAGCCUGAGAUUCAUCGGCCCCUGGAUGUGACCCUGAAUCCAGUGGGAAACCAAGAGAAAUCAGUGUCGCUACAGUAUGUGACCCUCCCAAAUGAAGUCUGUCCCCAGGCUCCACGAAGACAAGAGCAGCCAGGAGCAGGUCCUCAGCAGCCUUUCCAGCUCCCAGAUCAGAAGGAAACGAUGCAGCACCUCAACGAUAAGAAAGAAGUCUCACCACUCCCCCCAGCCAGUGGGCAAGGCACGAAUGUGAAACCAGAAGAGAAGAAAGCUCCAAAGGCUCUUGGCUGUGCCACAUCCCUUCAGCAGUGCCCCUCAGAGUAUAUCGCUACAGACAGCCUCUUACUGCCAUCAGCCAGUGACUCCACACAGCUGCCACUUGCCACUGCUGGGAAGUUGCCUUGUGACCCACAGGAGCCCCAGCUCCCCAGUGACCGCUCUUGCCAUGAGUUUGCUCCUGGGAAAUCUGGUGUCAUGGUCCCAGUUUCAGGUCAAGCCCCAGUCUUUUUUCCUGAAUCUCACCCGAAUGCAUUUGGGGACUACCUUGUUGUCCCUUCAGGUCCCCAUGGACCUUCAGAACCCAUAAAGAUUUCUUUGCCUGUCCUACAGAAGGGAAGCACUCUUCCUAAUGAGCUGCCUUUGUCGGAGGGUAAUUUGGUGGUGUUAAACCCUGACAGCACUGAGCCAGUUUUCCUUUGCCAGGUUGGUGACUAUUGCUUCCACAGCCUGAAAUCCAGCGAGAAGGUGCAUAUGAGCCAGGAAGACCCCCAAGUCAAGAAAACUGAUGAAGCCAGGACAGCACCCGGGAAACCUCUAUCUGGUGAUGAAUCCAACACUGGCAAGAAGGAAGAUGUAUCAAAAAUGCAGGCUAUUCAGCUUUUCAAAAGCCUGAAAUCAGAUGAUUACUUUUCCUGGCAACAAUCUCUGAGGAUCAGAGAAAUCUGUUAAAGGAGCAAAUAUCAAUAAAUACCAAGGCUACAUGCAACUAAAAGAGAUUGCAACUAUCUGAUAAAAAGGAACCCUCCAAGCUAGGAGCAAAUACACAGCAAUUAUUUCUUCCAGCCUCCAAUCCAAUGUGUUGGAAAUAACUUUCAUUCAUUUCAGUGAAUUUCAGCUUGAUCUCAUUCUCAAUGUCCAUCACAGUUUUGGCACAAAAAACAACCCAGAUAUUUGCAUUUUGAGAUAGUUGGUGUUUUUUGAACUUUUUGGCUUAUACACAAUGAAUACAUUAGCCUCCUCCUGGUCCUGUGACAGGUCACAAUCAUUUUACCAUAAUACCAGAUUACCUGGAGCAAAACUCAUGGCAAGAAAUGCAGACUUUACAGCAUGAAAUGCUAUUAGCUUAAGAUUGGUCUGGAAACUUUGUAAAGAAAACUUAUAUUCUUUCGAGCAAUGUUGUUAUCUUUUGUGUGAAAUAGAUCUAAAAGUCAUCAAGGAACUUUCAUUAUCUCUACCUUUCCACUGGUGGCAUGGAAUAAGUAUUAUCCAAGAUGAAAAAACAACGGACAGUAAUAGAAGCGUAAGUAAAAAAUGAGAAAAAAUUGUUGAAGUCCAGGAAAACUAUCUUAAAGCUAAGGUGCAAUGUAUUGCAGUGUAUUCUAAGAAUAAGAAGGAGACAUUAUUGAGAUACAUUAAAAUGGCUCUAGAGAAUCAUGGGGAAGAUAUAUUACUUGAGAAAACCCCAGGAUGCUACAAUACAAUGCAAGGAAGGGAGUGAGUCAAUAACAGAGAAUGACAGUGGAGAAAAGUUGUAAGCUUGAGUCUGAUUCAGCUUUUCAAUUUUUAAAUGUUAAAGUACUAUACACGUAUUAUUUUCUUGUAAGUUUAUUUGUUGUUUAUGCAUGAUAUAAUUAAUCUUAACUAUGUGAUGUCUUUUUUUUUUUUUCUAAUAAACCGUACUGAGAAAAAGGA